AUGGAAGAAGUCUCCAGUGAAAAUCCUCACUUUUGGGGCAGUAUGGACAACUUUUACAGCGAUGAUACGGCUUCUAGCGCUCAUAGAAACUCUGUCUCGAGCCAUAUAUUUUCAAAUAGUUCUAGCGAAACAGUUGGGAACUACGCACCAUCGCCCCGGUUCCAAAAGGCCCUAAAUCCAAUGGUGACCGAUUUCGCCUUCGGAAAUUUCAUAAACAAUGCUUUUCAAGAGAGUUUACCAAUUUAUUCGCCUUCAUCCCAAAUCUCCGCAUCUUCUCUACAAUUUUCGGUUUUGGAACGCACUAAUAGUUCUAGCAGCCUGGACCAAGUGGUCCACAAUGUCUCUACCGAAAAUCCUCAUCACCAGUCAGUUGAAGAGUCUCUCUGGGACCAGUUACAAAAAGGUAAAACUCAGUCAACUUAUUUGUGUGACUGGAUGAAUGCAGUCCUAGAAAUAGACAUGGACCCUUCUCUGCAUGGCUACUCUAAGGUCAUUCAAUCACACAAUAAUGCUCAAUAUACGGACAUAGAAUCCAAUCGCCCUGAGAUUAUGAUAGAAAAUCCAGAUAUUUAUAACCAGAUCCACAUCGCUUUGCGACCCAGAGGUUCCAUCACCAGUACGGAGCCAGCCAUUGAUCAGGAAGAUCCCGAUAACAAGAGCCUACAAGAGAUCACUAGUAAAGAGCGCCGUGGUAGCGGAGGUAGCGAACGGAGGCAAAUAAAACGGAAAACCGCUCCAAAUAAGGAAGAUGAUGGAGCGGGCACUUUCAUGACCAAAAAGCCGAGAUAUAUCUCAAUGAGAGAUAUCAAGGAGACACUAGGAUUUAGUCAUUCCGAUGGAAGGAGUGACAAUGACAACGAAGAAAGCUGCAGCGGUGACGGAGCGGGUUGGCAAAGAAUAUACAGCAACUGGCGGAAGGACAUUGCUAGCAUGGCUGUUGUCUUCGUAUCCCUAGAAGCAUUUACAAAAAGUACAAGAUACAAAGAUUCUGACAUUGACGGCAAUGGCCGGCGACUCAAUGUCAUACACGGCACCUUUAAAUGGCGAGGUUGGAAUGAGAUGUCAGAAAGCGAGCAGAAGGGUUUCUUGAAAUCUGCGUUCCGACUUCCCUGGUUCGGAGUUACCCACUCGUCCGCGAAAAUCGACGAAUGGAUAAAAAAUGGCUUUUCGUCAACUGAGAACAGUGAUGUUAACGCCAUUGUGGACGCUGCAAAAACGGUCAUCCUUGAUGUUUUUAAAAAGAGAAAAGACGGAAUGAAAUCUGCGUAUAUAGAAGCAUACAUCGAUGGCAUCAUCGAAAUGGACGCCAAUGGUAUGAUUUCAGCACGGCUCAAAAGAGACGAGGGAGGGUGCAGGGAUGGCGGUAAAUUUGACCAAAGGACAAAAUCUCACCAAACCAGUAGGUAUUACCUCUAA